AUGGUAUCCACAGAAGCAGACCACAUUAAGUAUUUCAGAUUCCUUAAUUUUUGGGUUGACAAUCCCAACUUUAUGCUUACUGUUAAAAAUUGCUGGGAUAGACAGGUAGAAGGUAAUGCUAUGUGGAAGUUUCACCAGAAAAUGAAAAGAUUAGCUAUUACUCUCAGUGGUUGGUCUAGAAAUGAAUUUGGGGAUAUUUUUCAAAAGGUUAGGAUGUAUGAGGAACAAGUGCAUGAAGCCGAAGAAAAAUACAUCCUAGACCAAAUUGAUUCAAAUAGAAGCACUCUCCAUGAACUCAAUGCUCAAUAUAUUAAGUUUCUUAAGCUUGAGGACAACAUCUUGAAACAGAAAACUCAGCUUCAAUGGUUUAAAGAUGGUGAAAACAACAUUGGCCAAGAGGCUUGUGAGCAUUUCAAGAAAAUUUUCAUUGGAGAAAAUAAGUACAUCAAUGAGCACAAUCUGGAAUGCAUUCCUAGCAUGGUCAAUCAUAAUCAAAACACUCAGCUUACAAAAUUACCAAAUAUCAAGGGGCUUAAAGAGGUAGUAUUUUCCAUGAAUACUAACUCUGCAGCAGGUCCUGAUGGUAUGAAUGGGUAUUUCUUUCAAAAGUGCUGGAACAUCAUCAAGGAAUAUUUGAUGGAAGUACUUCAUGCUCUCUUCAAUGGAAAAAUUAUUCCAAAGUACUUCUCUCACUCAUGCAUUGUAUUGCUCCCUAAAGUGAAUAAUCCAAACAAAUUUACGGAGUUUAGGCCAAUCAGUCUGAGCAACUUUACUAGUAAGAUUAUAUCGAAACUAGUAAGUAAAAGACUUAGCCGUAUCCUUCCGUCUUUGAUCUCUAACAAUCAGUCUGGCUUUGUAAAAGGGAGAAUUAUCAAUGAAAAUAUCAUGCUUGCUCAGGAAAUCAUCCACCAAAUUAAGAAACCCAACAUUGGAAGUAAUGUGAUUAUUAAAUUAGAUAUGGCAAAAGCUUAUGACUGGGUAUCCUGGUCAUAUAUUUGCCUAGUUCUAAGGAAAAUGGGAUUUAAUGAGGUGUUUAUUGACAUGAUUUGGAGGAUUAUGGCCAACAAUUGGUACAUUGUCAUUGUCAAUGGUUGGCAAACUAAGCAACUUAGCUAUGGAGGAAAGGCAGUACUCUCGAAGCAUGUUCUUCAGGCCUUGCCAAUACACCUACUAUCUGCAGUAACUCCCCCAAAUACUCUCAUCAAACAGAUCCAAAUGCUUAUUGCAGACUUCUUCUGUGGAUGGAAAAACAAUAAGAAAAAAUACCAUUGGUCCUCUUGGAAAAAUUUGAGCUACCCUUAUGAGGAAGGGGGGAUAGGGAUGAGGAACUUACAAGAUGUUUGUAAAUCAUUCCAAUUCAAGCAAUGGUGGAUAUUCAUAAACAAGCAAACCUUAUGGGGAGAUUUCUUGAAAGAUAAAUAUUGUCAAAGAUCAAAUCCGGUGAGUGAAAAAUGGGACACUGGAGAGUCUUUAAAUUGGAAACAUAUGCUAGCUACUAGACAACAGAUGGAGCAGCACAUUCAAUGGAGACUUCAAGCACGGAAUUGUUCUUUUUUGUGGGACAAUUGGCUUGGCAUAGGGCCAUUAGCUCACCACACCAGUAGCAGCAACAAGCUCAACUAUAUCACAGUGGCAGCAUUCUAG